UAGGGCUGCUACCUUCCUCCUGUUUCUUUUUCCUGCAUGUUUUUGGGCCACACCUUACUCUGGACUCCACCUGAAUCAACAGGUAGGCAGUUAACACCAGCUAUGUGCAGGGAAAAGAACUGAAGUUCGACCAAAUUUGUUUGACUUGCACAAAGAUCAAAUCCUCUUCUGUCCGAGAUCACAGCGUCUGUUAAGUUUUACACGAAGCUUGAUGGACGAGUCAGAAGUCGAUGGAGGAGAGAAGGCAGGUGGAGUAUCCAAAACUGAGAACGAUCAGAGUUGGAUCCCCAAAGUAAUCAAAAAGAGACUGUGCACAACAUUUGUGGAAGAUGCCUCAAGCAAUGGCCUGCGGUGCCAAUGUGGGGGCCCCAAAAAGGACCAUCAGGCAAUUGCCCUUGGCGACUACUUCAGCACAGCCAUGGUCAGCCACUGGGACUCUGCUCAGCAUUCCUCCGAGGCUCCCACAGACGCCUUUGGUGAAGUAGAGUUUGAUGGGGCUAGUAAGAGACACAGCUAUUACUUGCGUCUGUCGUCCGACACCCCAGCCCACAUCGCCUACAGCAUGAUAACGGCCAAAUGGGGCUUGAGUCUGCCCAACCUGGUGGUGUCUGUGGUGGGCGGAGAGGGCAAAUCAAAGGUCCAGGCGUGGGUGCGAGAGGUACUGCGACAGGGACUGGUCAAGGCGUCCCAAAGCACAGGGGCCUGGAUCCUAACGGAGGGUCUGCGAGAGGGUGUGGGGCGCUGUGUGGGAGAGGCUGUAAGGGACCACGCCACUGCUGCAUCCUCCGUCUCCCACAACAAGGUGGUUGCCAUAGGGAUUGCAUCAUGGGGACUGGUCCAUAAUCGGGAACAGCUGAUCAACCCUGAGGGUUGCUUCCCAGCAAAGUACCAUGCUGACACCAAAUUCAGCGACUCGUGUUGCCUUGACAAGAACUACCAGGCUUUUCUUCUGGUGGAUGACGGGAGUGUAGGCCGGCGCGGUGGGGAGAAUGGUUUCAGGGCGCGUCUGGAGGAUUACAUAUCCCGUCAGCGCACUGGGAUAUGGGGUAGUGGAACCAUCAAUAUUCCUGUGCUGUGUUUGCUGGUGGCAGGAGAUGUCAGCAAUAUGGAGAGAUUGGAUGGCUCUUUGAAAAUGGGGGUGCCCUGGUUGGUCCUGGUUGGCUCUGGCGGUGUGGCCAACCUGGUCGGGGAUCUCCUGGAGAAUCCCCUGAUCAGCGCUGGAGAGUCCAAGAGUGACGCAAGCUCUGGGGGAGAGCUGAAGGAGAGGCUGGCCGAGCGAAUCAGGAAGCACUUCCCGUCUGAGGCAGACACGGACAAACUGACCGAGAGGGCACUCAGUAUCUACCAGAACAGAGACCUGAUCUCCAUCUACAAUAGAGAACAGGAGGGACCGGAUGACUUUGACACUGUGUUACUACGAGCUCUUGUCCAAGCAAGCAAACGCUGCACAUCGGCAGACUCAAGCCCAUACACUGAGGAGCUGAAGCUUGCUGUGACCUGGAACAGGGUGGACAUCGCCAGGAGUGAGCUGUUCAAUGGCGACAUCCAAUGGAAGUGUGACGAUCUUGAAGACUUCAUGACCGACGCACUGGUCAACGACAAGCCGGAGUUUGUGCGCCUCUUCACCGAAAACGGCCUGAACAUUCUGGACUACCUGACCAACGGGCGCCUGGAGAGCCUGUACCGCUCCGUCUCGGACAGCUCGGUCGUCUACGCCCUCCUCCAGUACCACCUCGCCCUGCGCACCAACGCCGCCGGCCUCGGCCACGGCCUUGGCCACGGCAUUGGCUCCUCAACCUCCCUCUCGGACCCGCUGUCGGUGUCCCCGAAAGAGUUGGAAAUGACCCGGCCGUCCAAAGAGCUCAGCCUGUACGAGGUGUCUCGUGUCCUGGAGAAUUUGUUAGGGGAUGUGUGUCAGCCUUUUUACUAUGGCCCCUUAUCGCUUGACAUCGUGACCUCUAAGAGAAGAGCUUUCAAGAGAGUGUGCAAGUUCCUGCAGGGUCCGUGUGUGUACCGUCAGAAGCGCUGUCUCUACCCCUGGGCCUCGCUCUUCAUCUGGGCCGUGCUUCAGAACCGCAGAGAGAUGGCCAUCUAUUUCUGGGAGAUGGCAGGAGAGUCAGUGCUCAGUGCUCUGAGUGGCUGUAAGCUGCUGAGAGAGCUGUCCAAGCUGGAGGUGGAGACUGAGACUAAAAACUCCAUGAAGGAGUUGGCACAGAUGUUUGAGAACCUGGCAUACGGUGUGUUCAGUAAGUGCUAUGAGAGCAGUGAGAGCCGCUCGUUCACGCUGCUCAUCAGGAAGUCUCCGGUGUGGGGCGCGGCCACCUGUCUACAGAUGGCCAUGGCGGCCGACGCUCGCGUCUUCUUCAGCCACGACGGAGUGCAGUCUCUGCUGUCUCAGAUCUGGUGGGGAGACAUGGACAGAAGUACGGAGGUGUGGAAACUCAUCCUCACCUUCUUCAUCCCUCCCCUCUGCUACACCAACCUCAUCUCGUUCAGAGACCCGGAGGAGCCUGAAGAGGCCACCGCCGAGACAGGAGAAGGAGGCCCACAGGCAAAAGACCACCACCAGCACUACGGAGAGACGGUCUUCUCCUUCUCCGACAUCAAACACCUAAGUCCUGACGAAGCAGAGGAGGCCGAAGCCGAUGGCCAUAUAAGGAUAACCACGAAAGGUUCCCCACCUCCAAAAAAGCGCCCUUUUGUGUUCUCCCGCUGGCGCCAGUUCUGGUACGCGCCGGUGACGUCGUUCCAAGGCAACGUCCUGAUGUACUUUCUCUUCCUGUUCCUCUAUGCUUACGUCCUAUUGGUGGACUUCAAGCCGCCGCCACCGCGUGGCCCAGCUAUAGCUGAAUACGUGCUCUACUUCUGGGUGUUCACCAUCGUCUGCGAGGAGUUUCGAGAGACAUUUUUUGUUGGUAGUAUGACCCUUCGCCAGAGGCUGCGGUUAUAUUCACAGGAUGUGUGGAAUAAUUGUGACCUUGUUGCUUUCAUCCUCUUCAUCAUUGGCCUUAUCUGCAGGAUGUUCAAAUGGACAUAUGAGCUGGGCCGUGGCGCUCUUUGUCUGGAUUACAUGGUGUUCACCAUCAGACUCAUUCACAUCUUUGCCAUUCACAAGCAGCUCGGGCCCAAGAUCAUCAUCGUCGGCAAGAUGAUGAAGGAUGUGUUCUUCUUCCUCUUCUUCCUGGCGGUGUGGUUGAUGGCAUACGGGGUGGCCAAUCAGGCGCUUCUGUACGCCUAUGACCCGAAUCCUCAUAGGAUAUUUCGUCGGGUGUUCUACAGGCCCUAUCUGCAUAUAUUUGGACAGAUACCUGUGGAGGAAGUAGACACUGGAAAACACUGGGACAUGCCCUGCACUAAUAACAGGACAUUGAUAGAGCAGGGCGAUGAGCCCUGUCGGGACGUCUAUGCUAACUGGCUAGUGGUAGUCCUGCUGGUGGUCUACCUGCUGGUCACCAACAUUCUACUCAUCAACCUCCUGAUUGCCAUGUUCAGUUACACGUUCUCAAAGGUUCAGGAGCGCAGUGACACCUACUGGAAGUUCCAGCGGUACAACCUGAUCGUGGAGUACCACUCCAAGCCCUCGCUGGCUCCCCCCUUCAUCAUCCUCUCUCACCUGCACAUCCUCGUCAAGAGAAACAUCCGCAAGGUCCCCUCCGUCAAGAUCCAUCACUUUGCCCAGGAGCUGGAGGGGAAAGCGGCCAACCGCCUGAUGACGUGGGAGGGGAUUCAGAAGGAGAACUUCCUGUCCGACGAGAGCAAGAAGCAGAGGGCCAGCGACUCUGAGAGGCUCAAGAGGAUGUCUGUCAAAGUGGAUGGUAUGAUCAAACAGAUGGCGGAGAUGAGGGACGUGGAUCACCGACUGAGAGCUCUGGAGUCACAAAUGGAGUUUUGCUCCAGUUCCAUGCAGUGGCUCAUUGAGAGUCUGACACAGGCCAAUGUGGUGAAGCCCUCUCGUCCCCCACCUACUCUCAGUGAAACGCAGCAAUCAUCCUUUGCAUCAAGCUGAUCAUUUUUAUUUAUUUUAUUUUUUUACUCGUUGUCAUGAGUACUCAUACCACACACACACACACACACACUUUGUCUCAGGGUCAAAAGCGGGCAGUGUGUUUCUUGCCCCUUUCACCAACACAUUUUUUUUAACAACUUUUUUGCCUUUUAUCGUUAAAGGGCCCCUCAUUGUGUUCUAUUUCCAUUUUUGAAAUGGCGCUCACUUUGCACUUCAUUGUUCUCAAUGUUCCCCUGUGCAAAGUGUCCCCCCGGGACCCGACCUGCUUUCCCCCUUCAUUGGACACAGACCUGGAUGGAGGUGUGUGUGUGUGUGUGUGUGUGUGUGUGUCUAUGUGUGUGCGCGUGCGUGCGUGCGUGCGUGCGUGUGUGCGUGCGUGUGUGUGUUUGGGGGGGAGGUGUUGGUUUAGAGGAGGGUUGCUUUACUCAGAAACAAGACUUGGGGGUGGGGGGCGGGUGUAUGUGGUGGUGGUGUUUUUUUUUUAACAGAAUGAAUGGCAAGAUACUUCUGCAUUGCUUUGCACUUAUUCCUGUAUUUUUUUGUUUAAACCUGUGUCAUAUGACUUUGCAAUUUUUUGUAUCUGAUCGUUGUUAUGGUUUUUAAUAUAUGCCAAACAGAAACAGUGCUGCAGAAAAAGACAGAUUUACACUGGGUCAUGGUACUCGGGGCAACCACACAGCUAACUGCCCUGUGCUGGGCGACCAGCUGUAAUCCGGUUGCCUGCCAGUUAACGCUAGGCUAACUCUGUGUGUUUACAUAUAACCACAGAGGGAGAAAGAAAAUGGACAUGGCAUUAGCAGGUUAGCUGCUGUGUAUGUUAGCAAAGAAGCUACUGUACACUACUGUUUGCACAGAGUAUGGGAUUUUAAACAGAAUAAUAUAUAGUUACGAAACGCAGUGUAUACUAGGAAAACCAAAUAUAAUGCUGGAAUUGUAUUUAUGUUUACAUUCUAUUUUUGAUACAUAUUGGAGAACUCAGUAGCACUUUUUCUUAUAACCAAAUGUUACAACAGUACUAAUGUACUGUGCUCGCAAUUGUAUUUUUUUUUUUUUGUCUACAGUAAAAUAUUGCCACUCAGGCUACAGAGUAAUAACAAGAUAAGUGGGCAAUCGAUUAGAAAGUCCUUCUGGUUUUACGGUUGUCGCUGCUGUUUAUUCUACUGUACAUUGUGAGGGUGUUCUCACUCCAGUUCCUUAUGCUGGGACAAGCUGACUCCAGGGAUUUCAUCGCUAGCUGUAGCCACAUAAGGGCUUGACAGUUUUACUUACCCAUUAGUCUGUAAACUAUACGGUGUUACUUAACAAGUUGUCCCACUUAACCACUUUCUUGGUUCAAUCGGCAUUUUAAAGUUGUGUGUCAUUGUUUCUUAAGUAUUUCAUUAUUUUUCUUUAUUCUUUAAAAUAUUGUGCGUCAGCGGUAAUGUGGUAAUGUGUGGUAUGCAGGGUCUUAUUUUAAAAGAUGGCGUUUAGGGGUAUGGAACAGCUCAGCAGAAAUGGCCCCAGAGAUGGGGCGAGGAGUGAACACAUACUUCUGCAACAUGUGUCAAUGCUUCUCACAUUUCUUUUGAGGUUAAGAGUCAUCUAAUUCUCUCUCUCCCUCUCUCUCUCUCUUUCUCUCUCUCUCCCUCUCUCUCUUUCUCUCUCUCUAUCUCUCUCUCUUUCUCCCUCUCUCUUUCUCUCUCCCUCUCUCUCUCUCUCCCUCUCUCUCUCUCUCUCUCUCUCUCUCUCUCUCUCUCCCUCACUCUCUCUCUCUCCCUCUCUCCCCCCUCUCUCUCACUCCCUCUCUCUCCCUCUCCCCCUUUCUCUUACUCAUAUUUAGACUACCUCUUCAAUACCAUUUGUUCCUAUCCAGCAAUUCACUGUUUGUUUGACACCUUGUACUUCUGCUUCUCAAUUAUGUUCAAGGCAUCUAUGACCAUAUCAAAGUAUUUGUAAUAAAGGUUAACAAUCCCA